GACGGAACUCCACUUGCAAGGAUGGAUUAUGCAAAGAAAUCACUGUGCCUGCUCUCCCCGCGGUCUCUCUCUAAGUGUGUCUCCGCCAGCGCCUCUAUGACGCAGCACCUGCUGGCCAGUCCCGCUCCCCGCGCCCGGCCUUACCGGGUGAGCAACUGCGAUCGCACCCUGCGCAAGGGGAUCAUGGCCGACAGCCUGAGCGAUCUGCAUGAGAAGGUACGCAGUGCCCUGGUCAUAGCAGGCAACUUAUCUGUUGUCCUGGAUGAAGACGGGACCAGCGUGGAGACGGAGGACUUCUUCCAGACGCUCAAGGAGGGGACGGUGCUGCUGGUGUUGACCAAGGGACAGACGUGGCGCCCAGCCAAGGCGGCUGGUUACCAGCUCACGCUGUCCCACAAGCCCCAGCGCAGGAUCGAUGUGGCCUGCGUCACCUUUGACCUCUACAAGACCAAUCCUCAAGACUUUAUUGGCUGCCUGAAUGUCAAGGCCACGCUCUACGGUACAUACAGCAUGUCCUAUGAUAUGCAGUGCUAUGGAGCCAAGAGGAUAAUGAAGGAAGCUCUACGCUGGACGCUCUUCACCAUGCAAGCGACCGGUCACGUCCUGUUAGGGACUUCCUGUUACAUGCAGCAGUUGAUGGACGCUGCCGACGAGCCGAAAGAGGGAGGGCCGUCACCCCCGCGUCCCCUCCAGUCCCCUCCCACCAGAAAGAUGCUGCAGUGAAGCAUGUUUGCCCUGCUGCUAACAGACUCUACGCCGGCCGUGGUCGGCACCCCACGCAUGAGGCAACCACGCGGACUAGUGUGGGACCUGGAGUACUGAGCGCUCAUUUUUCCUCCCUGGUGCCUGCAAAGCCGCACGGCAGAAGCUGCAGGGAAUCCGGGACGUCUCCCUGCGGCUGCAUUAUCACGUCGUCACUCGCGGAUUAUAUAUCCUGCUGUAAUGGACUCUUGCAAUUUGCCAAGAGGCCCUGCCGUGCGGGCUGGAUGGCAGGUUUUGCUGCUGAGAAGGGCCCAGCGGUCUCUUCUGCCUACACAUUAUUAUUAUUAUUUUAUAAGAAAUGUUACCUGCCAAGCCUCGUUCACGUAGACUUGCAUUGGAUUGUAAAUACGAGCAUUAAAAGACAAUUUUCUUAAA